AUGAACUGCAUAGCAGAAGAUGGGCAUUGUAUCUGGUAUGAAGAAUGUGGUCGAAAUGCGAUGGGUAGAGUGACGAAUUGUUAUUACAAUGGUGCAGCAUUACAAUUGACUAAUAAAGAAGCAUUAAAGACUUUGAAAUCAAUGUGUAGCAUGUUUUACAAUGGUCCGGAUACUUAUACAUGUUGCGCACCUGAUCAGAUUCGUCGCCUAAGUGACCAACUUGUACUAAUCAAACUACUGUUCGGUGAUUGUCCAUCUUGCUUCUACAAUUUUCGGUCGUUAUUCUGCUCUAUGACAUGUCAUCCACAGCAGAGUCAUUUCAUAACUGUAAGAGAAUUUGGUAAUAGUACAUUAUAUCCAGGCAAACAGACCGUCGAGUCAAUUACAAAUGUACUUGCCGAUGAUUUCGCUCAGCGUAUACUUGAUUCAUGUCGAGAUGUUCUUUAUCCGGACAGUGAUCAACAUUCGUUGGAUACUAUGUGUGGUCGCCCUUAUGAUCGGUGUACAAAAGAAUCAUUGUUUAAUUAUUUAGGUCUCGACAAUCCUUCACAACCUUUUCCAAUAUAUUUCAAUUUAACAAAUAAUACUUGUCAAAAUAAUUAUUACAACCAAUCAACAUUUCAAUGUAACGAACCGGUUCAUACUCAAUAUGAAAAUCAGCCCAUGUGUGAUCAUUCAGAUUGUCCGAAAGCACCACCUAAACCAUCUCCACCUGAUGUACCGGGCAAAUAUUCAAACAUAUCGAUUCGCAUGACAGAAUUAAUCAUCGUACCUGAUAAUCAAACAUUUCAAACUCACUAUUAUCUAUCUCCACCUGGUCCAUUAUCUGAGAUUGUGGUUGGACCGGCACUUGACCUAAAUUUUCUAACACAAGUGCUCGAUUUGCAAACAAAUAUUCUCAAUCUUGAAGGUUAUCUGCCACCAGAUAAUAUUUCUGUUCGUUUGACCGAUAUCUGUUUGAAACCAAGUAAUACCAAUUGUGCAGUUUUUUCUGUUCUUCAAUAUUUUCAAAAUUCACGCGACAAUCUUAACAAAAGCAUAGGUGAUGAUUUCUUUCUAUAUGCCGAUUAUAUCACACAUAUAUUUCAAUGCUCAACAAAAAAACCCUCUCUUAAUGAUACAUUACUAAAUCUUUCGUGUUUUUCUGAUUUUGGUGGCAUAAUUCAUCCAACUGUAGUAUUUUCGAAUUAUCCGAAUACGAAACAUACUAUCGAAGCUAAAGGAUUAGUUAUUACUAUUAUCAUCGAGAAUUCAAAUAAACCUGAAAAAAUUCAAAAAGCUGAAGCAUGGGAAAAAGCCUUUAUAAAUUACAUGCAAAAUUUCACUGCUAUCCAAGACUCGUUACGUGCUGAAAAGCGUUUGAAUGAAUUGGCAAAUUUUACUGUAUACUACAGUAAUGAACACUCUAUUAAAAAUGAACUCAAUACUAUGAUUUGGUCAAACAAUCAAUCAAAUAUCAAAUGA